AUGGCCCCCGUCAAGCCGCAGAAGUCGAAAUCGGGCUCCACGAGCUCGAGCGCCAAGGGCGCAAAGCCCUCGAAGCACUCGAAGUCCAAAACCCACACUUCGAUCGGUACUGCGAAAGUCGAUCCGAAAAAGAAGAAGAAGCGAACCUACACUGAGGAGGAGCUGGGCAUUCCCAAGUUGAACAUGAUAACUCCGGUCGGCGUUCAGAAGCCCAAGGGCAAGAAGAAGGGCAAGGUUUUUGUGGAUGAUCAGGAGGGUAUGAUGACUAUUCUCGCCAUGGUCAACGCCGAGCAGGAGGGUCAGAUCGAGUCCAAGAUGAUGAAGGCAAGGCAAAUGGAGGAGAUUCGCGAGGCAAGGAAGAAGGAAGCAGAAGCCCGCCUGGAUAAGAAGCGCGAAAAAUUCGAGGAGACCAAGGACUCUCUGCGCAAGAAGCACAAACCCAAGGCUGGCUCUGCGCCUGAGAAAAAUGAAGAAGCCAAAUCUACAAAGUCUACUAGGCCCAACAAGAAGAGAGUGUCUUUCGGCUGA